AUACCAUCCCUUCAGCCUCAAGCACCACCCUCUCUUUCUCACACAUAAUGUAUACACACGAGAUGGAAGUUUGUUCAACAGUCACAACCAAGAAGCUCUCAAGACUCGCGAAGCUUAUCCUCUUCACCAUCCAGAGGGUCUCAGACGCCUCACGACACAAACUCCUCACAACUCUCGAUCCUCAGCUACUCGCCAAACGUGGCAAGACCCUACGCAAGUCUCUGAACGACGCCGUAUCAACUUCCCACUCCCGCAUCACGUGCCGUCCUUCCGACUACGAAGACAUCCAGUCUUCCUUCAUCUCACCAGUCCCGAUCCAGCUGGACUACGAGUUCAGCUGCAGCAGCACCCCACCGAGACGUUCCUACGCCUCAACCACCACCGGACGACGCAGCGGGUCACGCAAACCGCUUAUCAACAAACGCCAACGCAACGCGUAUGUCCGGUACAACACGCUCCCUAAGGUUCGAGAUUCCGCCUGGGAACGACACGUGGCAGCGGCCGUGAUUCCUGACGUAGCUAGCAGUACCGGAACUAUGGAAAGUGGCCACGUGGACAGAGCAGCGGAGGAGUUUAUACAGAGGUUCCAUAGACAGCUGAGGUUGCAGAGGUGGAUGAUGGCUCAGGAGGUUUAGAAAACUUUUGAUUCAGCGUCACUUUUGUUACACCAAAAUAUAUCAAUCUAUCUAGAAAAUACUAGUAUAAUAGGUAACUGUCGUAGUUUUGUUUUGACUUUCUAGUUUGGUAUAUAUUUCCCAAGUUUUUUCUUUUUUGUUUUAUUGUUUUGGUUUGUGUAAUUUUAGAAUCCAUGAUCGGGUUUUGGAUCUGUUUGGAUGAAACUGUAAGAAAGUUAAUCUUCAAAAUAGCUCUUUUGUGUGUAUAUCAGCGCAUAUAUAUGAAAAUA